GUGCCGGUGUGCCGGUGACAACAAACGCGCGGUUAAAACGUGCACGUUUCGUUUUGCGGAGAGGUUUUGCUGAAAUUCGAGACGCCUACUUUUGUUUCGGAAACGGGCGUCCAAGAAUGAAUGCUCCAUCCUUGAACUUCCGUGAGCGAACGCUUCGGUGGUGACAGUAACGAGAGAUUACAGCAGCCGAGCGCGGGAUUUACGAUGAGCGAGUUGAAGAGCGUUCCCGUUGUUGACGUUACGAAGGACAACAUCGUCGAUAUAUGGCCUUCUUUAGUACUCGCCGUGAAGACGUCCCUCUUCGUGGCUAUAGAUCUGGAACUCAGUGGCAUCGGAAAGAGAAAAGAUAUCAAUGCCAAGUCUGUCGAGGAUCGUUACGCUGCAAUGUCCCGUGUAGCCGACACGAGAGCCAUCAUAUCUAUCGGCCUUUCGUGUUUUCGCCAGGAUGCCAGAUCGGCGGAAACCGGCCCACUCACGUUCACCGUUCAGACGUUCAACAUACUUAUACUGUGCCAGGAUAAUUACAUCGUGGAGCCCUCAUCGCUGCAGUUUCUCAUCAGCCACGGCUUCGACUUCAACCGGCAAUACUCCCUUGGUGUUUCCUACUACCGAGGCAAUGAUCGUCCCAACAAUCCUGAGGACAAGGCACAUUCCCUUCGCAAGCUCUUCUCGAUGCUCAUUGUGCAUCGAAAGCCCAUUGUCGUCCACAACGGUUUCAUGGACGCGGUGUUCCUCUACCACAGUUUGUACUCAGCGUUGCCUCCGUCGCUGCAGACAUUCUUAGCGGACUUGAACGACUUGUUCCCCGGUCGUAUCUAUGACACCAAGUAUAUUGCGGAAGCCAAGGCAUCUCUACCAGCGUCAUACCUGGAGUAUGUCUUCCGCAAUAGGCAAAGAGAUAACGCACUGAAGGAGGCAAAGGGCCGACAGUUCGUCAGCGUCAAUUUCCUCCAGUACAACCAGGAGUACUCGAUUGACCACGGAGAUUGCGCACUGAGGCAGGAGCCAAUGAAGAUCUCUCCAGAUAUCUGCAAAAAUUUCGCUAGGUACGGCUGGUGCAGCAAGGGUGACCAAUGCUGUGCCUCGCACAAUGUCGACGACAUCCUCGAUGCCCAAGCAUCCAAGCGCCGCCGCCGCAACCGUGGCAAAGAGUCGUUGAACGGAGAGGCUGCCAACGUCUCUGACUCGGAGCAUUCGACUAUUGACCUGACGCCCAUGGAAGAGGACGAAGCGGACCCCGACCUUCCCGAAGACGUUUCGAACAGGGAGCGCAAAUUCACAACGGGGUUGCACAGGGCGGGCUUCGACGCAUUCAUGACCGGGUACGCAUUUGCGACAUUUGUGCUGUCGUACGCGAAGCAUCGUCCCUCGGGCACUCUCGAUGCGCAACAGUUGGGCCUCGAUGAACUGGUCAAUAGGCUGUGUCUCAGUGGCAAGGCGGUGCCCUUGCUCGUUAGAGAGUCAAACUUUGCCAAACGCAGUGCUAAGCACGUUGAAAAGUUUAAGGCUCUUUUUGGUGAUAAGUAGCCGCUUGUACGUUCUUGAUCGUUUCUUUUUCUUUAUAUGCGAUAACCUUCACUGGAAAAAGGUGGAAUCGCGAGUGAUGCAGGAAGGUAUACCAAAAUAUAAGUAGAUUUUACAUGUUUGUCAUGCGACUGUUCACCGCAAUGGCAAGCACUGCCGACACAUUUACCAGUGCACGCCAGAGGCUGGAUAUCCAUACGAGUACUGUCGUCUCUUCUCAAGUGUGCUGCUCUUUGAAAGCUUGUUGUUUGGUUAUUCCUUUUGCAAGGUCCACUGUUAAAUGUGCAUUGGCAGAAUACAUGUUCAGUUUUUUGUUCGUUUGCCAAACAGCACAUCCACAAUACCACUUUUUGUAAAUAAAAUUGUCUGUGGUGCAAUUCUUAAUUUUUUUCAUGUGCUUCUCUGUGCUAGCAAUUAACACUAAGGUUGAAAAAUCCAACUGCACACGAGCUUUAUCAGGAAUCCUGUUAAAGUAGGUUUAAAAAAGAAAAUGCCUGAUCCACGGUUUCAUAGCUAGUCUUUGCCUAAACUUCCUUGUAACUCACUCGCAAACUGCUGUUAUCUAGGACAUAAGUCACCUGACGAAACAGUUGACCAGAAAGGAAGACAGCCAAAGGACAGCAGUUGCACUUAAUUCUCCUUCGGCCCAAAGAUCGUUGAGCACGUAAUUGCUAUUCAAAUCUAUUCUAAUUACAUAAUAGGUAAUUAAAAACAUAAAGGCAAUUGAUUGCUCAAAUGUCAUUAAUAGACACUGACAAAAGAAUCUCCAAGUAGAUAGAGUAGCAAGGUGCUGAGAUUCCUUGGCAUAAAAACCGCUCGCAUUGACUGCAUCUUGGAUAAUGUUGCCAGCUCUCGGUAUUCAAUAGACACUUUAAGGGGUACUUUUUGUCACCUGUGCCUAUGCAUUAUGCUCGGGCCAAAUUGAUGUUCGUUUUUGCAAAAGCAGGCAGUAAUGCAUUUAAACACCUUCCAUUCAGUUCCGCCUCGGCAGCUGACCAGCAGGUUGCGGGAUUGAAUCCCAGCCGUGGCGGCCGCAUUUUCGAUGGAGGCGAAAAUGCUAGAGGCCCAUGUACUUAUCUUCAGGUGCACGUUAAAGAACCCCAGGUGGUCAAAAUUUCCAGAGCCCACCACUACGGUGUCUUUCAUAAUCAUAUCGGUUUUGGGACAUUAAACCCGAACAAUAAUUAUUAUUUCAGUUUUGCGUGAAUGAAACCUUGCACCUGAAGAAUUGCUUUACAUCAUCACAUCGGAGUUAAUUUUGAAGCUUAAAUGUAAGGCACCCAAAUGGGUGCAGAGUCGCCAAUGAAGUUAAUGUGUCAGAUGAUACUUAUACAACUGCUAGAGUACCUACAGUCAAUGGGAAGCUAAGAACCCGCUGCUUCAAGCUCCUGCAAAAGCCUUUGCAACUGCUUAUUUAACUCAUCAUGCAGAUAACUGUCAUAAGUGAUGGAUGCACAAACGCUGGCCAAUAAAAAAGCAGCAUUUCAAAAUACUAAGGCUUCAUGAACACAAGCUCGAAGAAAAUGGCAAACACGCCACGGUCAUGCUCCCAGAAUGCACAGAAGCAGAUAAUUAUUAUAGAGGGAUAAGGAGAGAAGUUACACUUGCACAGAUUCCCAAGGAUUCAAUCUCGGUGAACAUUGCAAUGACGCACUAGCACAGAGAAUGCGCUAGUAUAUAAAGCACAAGUAGUCAGUCGCUUGCCAUUGUUACCUCUUAUAUAAAAUUUAAUGAAAAUGCCCAAACUGUGUUCAAGACCAUCCAGUGUCACUGUUUCCAUUUUGGAAUCUGAAAGCGAUUGCUACACAGUCAACACAUUAGCUGCCCUGUAUCAGCGAGCACUGUCUAGAGCUUUCACACCUGAUGCAAUAGUUGCUGAACCCUUUUCCAAAAUAAUUUCUUCAGAUCCUCAAAUUCCACAUUUUUGUUUUGUACUCGAGGAAUUGGCACAUUAAACAAACACGAGUGCACUCAAAUCAAUAUUUUAUUGGAGAGCACAGAGAAAAAAUAUAGAAGAAAGUUGGCUGCCCUGCACGUCUUGUGAUCACUUUUUGGUAUUGUUGAGGAAGAUUGCAUUGUGGUAUUGUAGCACUAUCUGCGCAUGAAAAAGAGAACUAGGAGCACGGAUUUGAGCAGACCUUUAAUAAGAAAAGCUAUUACAUUUUGCCAUGGACAGCAGUAGGCAUGCAAAAUGCACGGAUGCGCUGAACUCGCCUACAGGAGGUAAAGGGUUAGUUACAGUGGCGUAAAUCCUGCAAAAUCAUGAGGGAGGACACUCGUCUUGCCAUACUGGCCAUUUUGUUUUUUCACAUAUAGGUUUUAGUUUUGCUAGUGUAAAAAUUAAAAUCAUGCUUUGAAAUCGAAUUCAAAAACGAGCAUGGGUUCCCAGCUCGCAUAAUUACAUUCUUCUAUCGAGUCUUCUCUGAAAUCAGUCAAGUGGCAGUUGAGAUUUCAAUAGUCACACAGCUGAGGGGUGUUGAACACAGGCGUACACACUACAAAAUAAGCAGGCAUUAAAAAAAAGUUGAACGUGCUAUACUUAACCGCGAAGCAAUUCAAAUAUAUGACGUUUGAAAGAAAUUUCAAGGCGGGACACUUGCAAGGGGUGUGUUCCCCCCGCCUUAGCACAAGGGGGGUCAGGACCCUCCUGACUCCCCCCCUCGUGAUUUACACCAGUGGUUAGUUACCACUUAGAUGUUCACUUCUGUAUUGUUCCACCCUGUACUACAGGCGCACAAUUCCCUUGGCCCACAGACACUGUUGACUUUCCCAAAACUUCAACUGUAUUGAGACUUUGCAAUGUUAUGUUUCAAUGUUAUUUGCAAUGUUGCAAGGUCAACAAAAUAUUGCCAUGCAACAAGUCAUAAAUAUGCAUGUGGACAGAAUUUAAUUGCAUUGAUGCUUUGAAAAACUAGGAUUGCCUCAAAUUCUAAGCCUGCAAAGGCUUUUUAAACAUUGCAACUAAGGAUUUAAGCAUGCCUUGGGCUGCAAGUAUGAAGCAAAGGCAAAUCGUCAUUUCCACAGCUGAACUAUCCCAACGCCAGAUCUGCUUAUAUAGUAAUUUUUAGUACAUAACUCUGGACGGUGGGAACACAAGUUUAACUGAAAAAGAACAAGAGUUAUGAUUAGCAAACGCAAUUGGCUGGCAAACCCACACUUCUUUGAGGCGCACGAACCACAAAACUGUUAGUUUGCAAUUAACUACAGUCAGUUAUCCUGGCUAAAGAUUGCCGUUUAUUACUUCGUUGGCAAGAAUCCAAUAAACGGUUCUUCCUGACAGACAUCAGCAUACUGGGUGCGAGCCAACUGUCAGCUCGGGUGAUGCAGCUGGCAUUUCUACAGAAGUGUGCUGCACUUAGGUCAGAGUUUAGUAGUUGGCCUUGUUGAUGUCACGCUUGAGAGAAUGAAAAAAAAAAAAAAAAAAAAAACAUUGCCUCUUCUCAUGUCCAUUUUUCUUUUAUAAAAUAUUACAAGACAAAACAA